CAGUUCAAGUUGCAUUUUAGAUGCGAACGAAUGCACAUCGUUUUCGGUUUACGGGGAUGAACUACGUUUCGUGAAUAUCGAAGAUACUUAUCGAAAAGAUUUCAACGGGUUGUGUCCAUUGUAAUCGUCCAGUUUUCGAGUCUAAGCUGGUGUUUUUAGAAGAAAAUCGAUUAUCGUUCGAGUUAUCGAGUUCUCCAAGUGAGAUCGAUCGUUCGAUCGAUCUAUCAACGGUGACACACCGAACCCUCGCACAGUUACAACUAGAUUGCAACGUGCAUACGUUUAAUCAACGUGAUUGGAUACAACGUUCGGUGGAUAACACGAGUGCAAACAUUGAUAAAGAGAAAACGAAUCGACGAUGAAACGUACAUCGAUAAUGUCCAACGACGUUUUAUUAAGGGUCUUUUUCUUCGCUCUUCUCAUCGUCUCGACUUUGGCCGCUACUACGAGGUCACGCGGUAAGAAGAAGGUCGCCAAAGAAACAAAGGAAGUCAACAUAUGCGACAUCGAGGGUCGACAAGCGCCCGUUUAUUGUUAUUGCGACAACAACGGACUGAGGAACGCGACCGACGCUAAUUGUUUGGUUUUGAACAGAUUCAAGGUCGACGAUACGAUGUGGUCUUAUUUCGUAUCGCAGAUUUAUCUGACGAAAUUAGCGUUGACCGUACGCGCAUCCGGUACCUUGGAUUACAUACCGACCGACGUCCUAAGACAGUUGAAGCAUUUGAAGAUCGUUGUGUUUCAAUACGCCAAAAUCGAGGAACUCGCCGAACGUUCGUUCUCGAAUCUAUCGUCGAUCGUCGAAAUCAACCUAAGCAGAAACAUGAUCGUCGUAUUGAAGAAGCAUGCGUUUGAAAACGUCAAGGAAUUGAACGUGAUCAAUUUGGACGACAACAGAAUAUCCGAGAUUAACAGAGACGUGUUCGUGAACCUGCCAAAUUUAAGAACGCUCUACUUGAACAACAACAACGUCAGCAUCGUCCACGACAAAGCGUUCAAGCAUCUAAUUUAUCUCGAGGAACUUCAGAUGAGUAACAAUCGGAUAACGGUGAUAACGCGGGAGAGUUUUCACGGUCUUAGAAAUCUUAAACGUCUCGAUCUACGAAACAAUUUAAUAUCCAUGAUAGGCGAUCGUAGCUUCGUCGAAAUGCCAGAAUUAACGGAACUCGAACUCGAUCAAAAUUCGAUCGAGUAUAUAUCGGAAAAGGCAUUGGACGGUAUGAGAAAUUUAAAGAAACUUCGUUUAAGUGAAAACAGAUUGGUCAGCUUAGAACCGGAUUUUCUUUCCGGAGCACCUGGUAUAUAUUUCCUUGAUCUACGCGAUAAUAUUUUGAAAACGAUGACCUUCAAUAAUAUCAAGCCGAUCGUAACGAAUCUUUACAACAGUACCAGCUAUUUCUACUUGGACGGAAACAAACUGAUUUGCGAUUGCAAUCUAGCAUGGAUUUGGGGACUAAGGAACGAGACGAAGAAUACAAAGUUACGGGAUGCCCUCGAGGAACUCACUUGCUUCCUCGAAAGUAAUAAUACUGCAACGUCGAAGAUCAACAAUGACGACUUGGAGAGAAAUCAGGAACUCGAAAUCGCGCGAAAUCCUGACACAUACUUGGCUGAUAAUCCGAAGAAUGGAAAUAACGAAGACGGGAACAGUUACUUGGCUGACAUUGUUAAUGAAAGUUACGAUGAUUCGGGUGCAGAGUACGAGGAUUCCGGGUUGGAUAGUAAUUCUCAGCCUAAGAUGCAGAUAUUGGAUGGGAAGGUGUGCUACGUGAAACAUUUGUUCGAUCUAAAGUUAGAAGAUCUACCAUGCCCGGAGACCACGAGAGAGGAUCUAAUGGCUUCUGAACAACCAUCUAGUCGUCAUGAAAACGCACCAGUGGGUUCCUCCGGUUCCGUAUGGUUCUCAUCAUCGACCCAGACUCACCGAGUCGACCGAUUUGUCCUUGCGAGUUCGCUUCUAGUCGUCCUUCUUCUUUCAACCUUGAUAUUCACGUAGAAGAAGGAUGACAGCGAGUGUCUAUACAAGAGGAACAAGAGUAUAAAGAUGGCAACAAAAAUUGACGAAAGAUACGACGAUGACGACGACGACGACGACGACGACGACGACGACGACGACGACGACGACGACGAAUACAAAGGAUCUCGAAAAGAUAAAAACAGAACAAAAAUUUAUACGAGAAUUUUAAAUUCUCGAAUACGAAAUUUUUGCUAUCCUUCGAUAAGGAACGGGGACGAUGAUCGUAGUUUGAAUUUCUUAGAUUAAAUUUUGCUCGCUUUUGAGCUUGCUUUCUAUCCAUCUACCUAUCCAUCUAUCUAUCUUAUCUAUCUAUCUAUCUAUCUAUCUAUCUCUCUCUCUCUCUCUCUCUAUUUUUCUUCGAAGAAAGAAAAGAAGGACGCUUUACGGGAGAAAAAGAGAGAAAGAGAGGGGGAGGCUGGAAAAAAGAAGAGAGAGCGAGAGCGAGAGAGAGAAUUCUUCUUCCAUGUUUUUCAUGCCGAAGAUCGAAAUUCGUAAAAUUCUAGCGGUGAUUUGAAGUAACGCGAAUAUGCCACGAUCUCGACAGCCAUUUUAUUCGGAUAGCGAAGGUACGUAAGAAAUCUUUUAAAUUUUCGUGCCAAUUUGAACAUCCCCUGAUAUAUUUCUAUAAUCGUUUCAUUUUUUAUUUUCUUAGAAUAGCUAAGAGAGAGAGAGAGAGAAAUCGGAAUUUUCAAAGUCCUCUCGUCGAUUUGAAAUAACGCGAUGUAAUACUUCGAUGGUCAUUUUCAACAAAUGGUAAAGAAAUUCAUGGACCAAUUUGAGAUCACGCGUUAUAACUCCGAUAGCCAUUUUCUUCAAACGAUAUCGAGAGAGCUAGAGAUCUUCAAAAAUCUCGAGUCAAUUUGAAAUCGGAUGAUACGCUCUAUGUCCAUUUUCAAGAGUACGCGAUAGCGAAGAUGUCCUCUUCGAACGAGAUAAAAAACGAAGAAGAAAAAGGGAAAAAAAGUAAGGAAAAAAACGAAGAUUAAAAUUAAACGGAGAAAAUCACUCAACGCAGAAAACAAUUUCUAGUAGCGUCGAAAAGUCGCGACUAAUCGUUUCUCGAAAUGUAUUGAAUUAUUUCAGGCACGAUGUUUUCGGGUUCCCGUGUCGAUCGUAAUCGAACUAUAAUACAUAUUACAUGUGGUGGAACGUCCAAUGAAUAAAUUAGCAUGUUUAAUGAGCGAGAAUAAUGUAACUCCCUCUCAGUUUGAAGCGACGAUGCGCGUUCAUCUAAAUUUCCACGUCUCUAUGUGUGCAUACGUGUCCGUCUCUCUCUCUCUCUCUCUCUCUCUCUCUCUCUCUCUCUCUCUCUCUCUCUCUCUCUCGCACUCUUUCUCUCACAUUUGUCAAGUCGAAUCCCACACGAGUGUACGAGCUAUUAUUCGCUAAUUACAUGUCAGACAAUUCAGAGUAAAAUCACGACGAGUUACUCUUUCUCUCUCCCCCCUCUUUCUCUCUCUCUCUCUCUCUCUCUCUCUCUCUCUCUCUGUCUCUCGAAAUGCAUUUAUACACGUGCAUGUUAUUCGUAUGUGCGUUAAUAUGAGAAUGAAAGAAAGGAAAGGAAAAGAGAAAAUGAAAGAAGAGGGAAACGGAAGAGAAGAAAAAGAAAAGUUAAAGAGAAAAAAACGUAAUAAUAACAAUAAUAAUAAUAAUAACAAUAAUAAUUAAAAAAAUAAAAAGAAAAAAAGGAGGAAGAAAGAAUGAAAGAAGAAAAUAUGAAAUAAAAGGAUAUACAUAAAAGAGAAAGAUUAGGAAGAAAGGAAUGUAUACAUAACCAGUUAAAGUCUCUCGAGAUUUACACCGGAACGUACCGGUAACGUUUUUAACAUAUUACGGACCAGAUAUUUUAUUAUUAAUUAUUAUUAAUAAUCGAGUGAUUUUUCUUUUUUCUUUCCUUUUUUUCCUCUUCUUUUUUUUCUUUUUUUUUCACCGAGAAUAGGAGAGGUAGAGAAUUUUUUUAGUAUCUAUAAAAACAUUACUUACGGUGUGCUCGUAACUUCGUAGUUUAAUAUCAAUGUCGUGUUUGGUAGUAUAAUUUUUCAAAUAAUAUUUUUAAUUACCGUGUAUAUUUUUAAAAUAAUAUAUACAUAAUUAAUUAAUUAUUAAUUAUAAGGUAAUAAUCGGACAUUCGCUUUGUGUUCCGAAACUCUUCGUAAUUUUUUAUAUAUAUAAAUUAUAAAUAUUAAUAUUUUUCUUUUUUUAAUUAUAAAUAUUUAUAAAUAUACAAUUCAUAUUUAUAAUUAAUCUUGAUCGAUACAUAUGUCGAUGAUUAUGACGUUAAGUCUCGUGUAUUUUUCGUUACGAGAUAUAUAUUCAGAAUUUUGUGCGUAUGUGCGUACGCGUGUAUGUGUAUGUAAUAAAAAAUAAUUUUUCUUCGCUACGUAACAAUAUAUCGUUCAAAAUAUAUUAGUUGUUUUUAUAAUAUACAUUUUUUAUACGACUAGUCGAUCUAAUUUUGGAAAACUCAGAUGUGUUCAUACUUUUUACAAGUAUAUACAUACAAAAUGAGAAUAGAUUUCGUGAUCCGUCCGUAAUGUGUUAACAGAACAACAUCAAAAAAAUAAAUUAAUUAAUUAAUUAAUUAAUUAAUUAAAAAAUAAAAAAGAAUAAAAAUAAAGAAAGAUAUAAGUUAACGUUAUACGAUUAUUGUAUGAUACAUAACUUAACGGCAUUAUCGUAUCGAUACCAAAUAUCACGUGCAUCGCCAUUUUCCUAUUAAGUAAAUAAUUCUAAAGCUUUCUUCUAGUGCGUCGUGCCAUCUUAGAAUGUAAUUAUCUCCAUCCUCGUCAAACGAUAUCUUUCGAUCGAAUCCAAUUUCAUGGGGAAAAAAAAAAAUCUCGUAAUAAAAAAAAAGUAAAAAUAGAACAUGAAAUAGAUUAAUUUUCAUUCAAUGAAAUUUUCUAUAGUAUCACAUUUUUUAUCCGAGUCAACGGAACGAUGUUAUAUCGUUGCUACAGAUUAAUUUUAUUAGGAAAGAAACGAUCCGUUCGAAGGAUAACACUUAUCGCUUAUUAUUUAUAAACCAAUCAUUAUCUUCGACGAUAGCUACCUUUUCCUAGAAUAUAUCGAUAAUUAAUUAUCGAGGAUAAUCGAAUAAACCUUCAACGAGGUUAUCGUUAGCUUAUCUUUCAAAUGAAUUUCUAACAAGAAAUGAAUUUGUAACACAACAAUGCUUUACCCGUAAUACUCUUUUUACCGUUAAAGUUUUUUUUUCUUUUCUUUCUCUUUAUCAUCGUCGUCAUAGUGUCUCCUUUGAUCCUUUCAGAUAAAAUAACUUUAUCUAUAUUAUAGAAUAAAAUGAAGAUACUGCCAAACGAUCUCGAGCGAGAGAUAUUUCUUUAAAAAGAGAUUAAGAUUAUACAGAAAAUAUUCUCAUUCUUCAGUUUUACGUCGGACCUGUGGUUCUUAUAAAAAAAAAGAAAAAAGAAGAUACAAUAAAAGAAAAAAAAAACCAGAACGAAAUGAAAUUAAAAAGAUCCUAAAGCACGUAACCUUAAAAAAUCAAAACUCGUAUUUAUAUACGAAUUGCCAUAUGUACGUAUAAAUAAAUAUUUAUACGUAUAUAAUGGACGACCGAUUUUUAUCUCCCCGAAAUUUUUACUAUUCGAAAAAUAUUUCGAACAGAACUUCCGUUCUGUUUUAAAACGUGUAGAAUAUUCUGAUGUUAUUGGCUUUUUUAUUUUUUAUAGGUGGCCGCGUAAAGAUCAUAUCAAAAGUCAAUCUUUUUCUUUUUUUCUUUUAAUGGAAUCAUCGUUUUUAUUACAUUACUUUUAUCCAGCGCUCGUGAUUAUUUAUCAAAAAUUAAAAACAGAAAAUAAAAAAAAGAAAGGUAUUAAGCCACCUACGUCGAAAAAUUAUUAGCUUCGGAUAUUUUAAUUCAUAAAUUUAUAAAUACUGUUAAAAAACUACCUCUCUCUUUCCAUUGCGAUUUAUUUACUACUACACUACUCUGUUAUUACAUUUUAGUAAAUUAGUUCUCUUUUAAUACUUUAUAUAUACAUAUAUAUAUAUAUAUAUAUAUAUAUAUAUAUAUAUAUAUAACGUGACAAGAUAGAUCGGUUAAUGCAUUAAAAAUUAUGAUUCCAUUAAAAAAAAAAAAGAGAGAGAAAAACUGAAAUCAAACUCGACCUACACGUAAAUUCUACUCGCAUUCACCUACAAAAAUAAUAAUUACAUUAAAUUACAUCCUCGAAUCGAAACAAAACGCGAAUAAGGUUUGAAAUAUUUCUUUUUUUCUCUAAUAGCAACAAAAAUUUCUGGAGAUUAAAAUGUGUCAUCCCGUAUACACACACACAAACAUAUAUAUAUAUGUCCAUGUAUACAUACAAAUAAAUAAAACAACAAAACUAAUAAUAAUAAUAAUAACGUAAUAAUAACAAUAAUAAUAAUAAUUUUUACGAUAAACUCGCUCGAGUACUUCGAUGAAAAAAAUGUUUGAGAGUAGGAAAAAGAAGAAAAAAUAAAAAAGAAAAUCCGAAAGGUUUGAAUGAGAGAUUUAAUAAAAAAAAAGGAAGAAAAAAUAAAACAAAAAAAAGAAAAUAACUUGCAUUUGAAAGGUAACGCCUAUGGAUUUCGAAAAAUGAAUUUUUGUGCAUCGAUGUUGUUCCACUUGUGUGUUCUUUCCUGACCCGCAUUUUUCCUGUGAUCUAUUUUUCAGAAAAGUGUGGAUAUGUAAAAGACUUACGAAAGAAAUCAAAAAGAAAAAAGGAAAAAAGGGGAAAAAAGAUAAAGAAAAAGAAGCUCGCAAGUAUGUGACGAUUAAACGAAGGAAAGAAACGAGAAAAUGAGAAAGUAAAAAGAAGGAAGAAAAAAUAUUAAGAAAAGCGGAGACAUACGAGAAGAAACGUUAUCGUCGUCGUUGUCGUUCGUUGAACACUAAACAACGAAUCUGACAGUAAUCGUACAAGUACAUCCGUUGUCAUUAACGACGCAGAUGUACGUAUACGUAAACGCGUUGAUACGUUUAAACACUUUUCUAACUCUUCUAAUAAUAAUAAUUCUGCUUGCGAAAAAAAAGACAACUAAUAAAUAUCGUAUUACUGGCGAUGACGAUAAUAACGAAUACGAGUCGCCGAUAACGUGGAACACCUUGGAUUAACCCUUUAAAACCAACACCCUAUUUCCACCCUAUUGAUCCAUUUUGAUUCCUGCCGCAGCCCCUUCCCUCCUUUCUUCUUCGAAUUUAAAAAAAGAAAAAAAUACAAAAAAAAAAAUAAAUAAAUAAAUAAAUAAAUUAUCGAUGAUGUUGAAAAUGUUUGUCAUAGUAUAUAUGUUAUAUCAUAGUGUCGUAAAUAAUAUAGUAUAUUAUAUUAUAAAGGGUUGAUUUUUUUUCGAAAUGUCGGUGAAUGCUUCACGGUAGAAAAAGAAAAAAGAAAAAAAAGCACAAAAAAGAACAAAAAAAAAUACGAAAAAGAAAAAAGACAGGAAAAAACAUACAAAAAAAAAAAAAGAAUUACUAUGACGAGGCUAUGAGAGUGUCGUUCAUACUUAAAAACUGAAUACAUAGAGAAUAAUGUGUUUUGCUUGGCUCGAGUAAUACGUAUGAAAAAAAAAAUGUUAGUUUUUUUUUUUUUUUAUGAAAUUUUUAUUAGUAUAAUGUGGAUUCAAUUCAAUGGGGCGGAGGAUAUAAAAUUUCUCUUAGAAAAAGUAACGUUGAUGCCACUAGCUUUAUGCAAGCUUCUAUAUGUUGGAUACAACGAAGCCUCUUUUUUUUGUGCAUACGUGUUCGUGUUCAGCCGUGGGGGAAAGAAAAGGGAACGAAAAAAGAGGCAAAAAAGAAUAAAUAAAUAAAAAAAAUGGAAAAAAGUAAAGAAAUUAAAAAAAUAAAAUAAAAUAAAAAAUAGAAAAAAAGAAAAAUUUUUCCCAAAAGUUCGCCGACAUUUCGUGAAAAAACGACACACUUGUUGCGCUCGGAAAAUGGCAGCUUAUAAAAUAAUAAAUAAUAAUAAUAAUAAAUAAUUAAUUCGAAUAUGGUUAAGCAAUGGUAUUCCACGUUAAUUCGUUGUCCAAUUUUUUAAGAAUCAUUCUCUCCCUCUCUCUCCUCUCUCUCUCUCUCUCUCUCUCUCUCUCUCUAUCUCUGUCUCUAUCUAUCUAUCUAUCUCUGCCAGCCAUCCUUUUUCUCUUUCUAGCUACUAUUCGUCAUCUUCGAGAGCGGAGUCUUUUUUUUCUUUAAAUAUAUAUAUUUCUUUCCUCUUUUCUAUUUUCAUAUUUUUCUUGAUUGGAGAUUUCGUACCAUUAACGCAUCUUAAAAAAAAAAAAAUCGCGAAAAAUAGAAAAAAUAAAAAAAAAAUAAAAGAAAAAAAAAUCGUACGAUCAUCAUCGUCAUCAUUAUAAUCGCCAUUAUUAUCAUCAUUAUUAUCAUCAUUAUUAUUAUUAUUAUAAUUAUGAUAAAUGCUCUUAGGUACCAAAGAUAAGAAAAGUUUGGUGUUAGUCAUUAGAAAUCUCGUACAUGAUUCGUGGUCCGCCUGAUCGCACUAAGUAAUAAAAUAAUUGUUAAUAAUUAUUUUCUCUUUUUUCACGUAAAAGAGAGAAAAAAGAGGAACGAAGAGGAAGAGAGAAAAAAGGAAAUAAUAAAAAAGAAGAUAGAAGUCUGAAUACUGAUUAUACUUAUAUAUAUAUACAUACAUAUAUAUAUAUAUAUAAACAGAAAGAAAAAAGAAUUAUUAAAAAAGGAAAAGAAAGAAAGGAAAGUUAAUAACAAUCGAAUAAAAAUUUAUUAAUCCUGUUUCACAUGCAUACAUAUAUACAUACGUAUGUUCUCUCUCUCUCCGUCGUUAAUAUCGCGAAGCCAAUCCUUUUUCGAAAGCAUACUCAAAUAAUACAUACAUAAAUAUAUAUAUAUAUAUAUACAUAAAUAUAUAUAUAUACACAUACGUAUGCAAAAAAGAAGAACGAAGAAUAAAAUAUAACAUACACGCAUACGUGAUCGAAAAUCUUGUAUUCAUCUUGUCUCUGAAGUAUGUAUAUGUAAGCGUAUCGAUAAUAUAAGUUUUGUGAAGGAUUUGGAUGAUUUUGAUGAACGUUUUUUACAGGUUUACAUUUUUUAUCGUCGACGUAAUCGUCCUCGACCGUAACACUUUCCCUCGCCCCUUAAUCCUUCCCCUGUCCUCGUCUAAUUCCUUCAUCCUACUCUCCCUCGUCCAAUUGAAAAAAGUCGCGAGAAAAAGUAUCUUCUGUCCAUUUCUACUUCCAUUUUUGUAGAAUCGAUUUACGCGAGCUUCUGAUAUAUAUUAUUAUUAUUAUGAUUACUAUUAUUAUUAUUAAUAUUAUUAUUAGUAUUAUUAAUAUUAUUAUUAUUAUUAUAUAUGUUUACUAUGGGUAUGCAAAGAAACACGUAAGAGGCAGGUAAUAAAAAUAAUUGAAUAUACCUUCUCUGACGUAUGUAAUAAUUUUAAGCUACUGAUAAGAGAAACGUACGAUAAGUUAAGGUUUUAUGACUACUUAUGUGGAUUACUGCCGAACUCUCUAAUGUGUAUUAUAUGUUCUUUUGUAAGAUUUAACAAUGACGUAAAAUAAAUCUUCGAAAAAAUA